AUGAGCACUACUCGCCAGGAGCUGAUUGGAAAGCAAAUAUACUCUUAUCGCUACUACCUAGUGCUGGCAGGCGCUGUCACCUAUGUUUGUCGCAGAAUCUACAGAGGAUUCUUUACAAUUCCAAAGAAAUUUCAACAUAUUCCUGCCAUCACCUUUUGGGAUAUUUGGCGAUCAUUAGCAACCAAGGAGCAAUUGACUGACCGGACGAAGAGACUUGUCUUUCCUCUACUUGAAAAAGGAAACGGUAUCUAUAUGAACAAGUUCCCGUUUGAUUGGACGCUUUAUGUCGCCAAUCCUAUAUUGGCCAAAACCGUUCUUUUCAAGCCAGAACUCGCAUCCAAGGCACAAGCUGUCAUGGACUAUUUUCCGGAUGAAAGUGCUCAAGCUCAAUUAUUCGGCAAGGAUAAUCUCAGUAUAGCGAAUGGCAAGCAGUGGAAGGAACAGAGAAAGAUUAUGAACCCGGCAUUUCAUCGCUCAAUGCCAGUUGCCGUGUUCAGUAACCUGAUGCCACUCGUAUUUCAAGUCAUUGAAGAAAAUGAUGGCAACGCAACUUGUGCUAUCAAGCUUACAAAGCGGUUGACACUUGAUGCAAUUGGAAAAGCUGCAUUCGAUUUCGAUUUCGAAGCGCUUAAAGAUGAAAACUCUGUUUGGGUUCAAAAGUACAACCAAGCCUUCAAAGGAUUUAUGGAUCCAAUUCCUAUUAUUUACCCCAGACUCGAUCGCAUCUACCGGGCCAUAAGCAAGACACGCAGGGACUGUUACAAUGCUGCAUUCGAACUGAUUGAUUUGCUUGAUGAUCUCGCCAACCAAAAGCGUAAAUUAUUGACUGAAGCGUCCAACAACAAGGUUGACGCUCCACAAAGCGAAAAGGAUUUGCUUACAUUAAUGCUGGAGGCAGAAUUGAAUGGAGAAGGCUCCUGGACCAGACAAGACUUGCGGCACAACAUGGCACUCUUUUUCUCGGCAGGACACGAUACUACCAGUCACUCUUUGGCAUUUUGCUUAUAUGAGCUCGCUGCUAACCAAGACGUUCAAGAGAAAGCACGACAAGAAUCAUUUGCCGUUUUCGGGGACGAGCUUAUUGAUGUCUCUCCAACUCUUGAGGAUUGCAAGAAGCUUCCAUACAUUGACCAAAUCAUUAAGGAGACUCUACGAAUGCACCCACCGUUCAACGAAAUCAAUCCACGAAUCGCCGAAGAAGACCUAGAGCUUGGCGGAACACUGAUUCCCAAAGGGACCAUGGUGAAUAUUGAUAUUGAGGCACUGCAUUAUCGUCCUGACUUGUGGAAAAAUCCAGAAAGAUUUGAUCCAGAACGGUUUGCUGAAGGUGGCGAGCAUUAUUCGCAAGAAGGCAUCACAUGGGCCCCAUUUUCAGGCGGUUCCCGCCAAUGCAUCGGCAUCAACUUUAGUAUGAUGGAACAGCGUAUAGCGUUGUCAAUGCUAUUGAGAAAAUACACUUUGAUGCUCCCUGAAAAUUCGAAACAUAAGAGUGGCGUUAUCCUUGAUUUGCCAAUUAAUUUUGCACCUGAAUCAUUAGAAAUACAUUUUGUGAAGCGAUAUUAA